CAUUAAGACACCAUACAACGUAGACAUGUCCAGACGCUUUUAAAUUCGCAUAUAAAAUUAAUUUAUUAAUUACAACACCAAAAACAAUAAUAAUAAAAAUAAAUAAACAUUUUUAAAACGAAAAUUAAUGGCAAAUUUAUUUUUAAAUAUUUGUAAUUUUAUAAAAAUAACUAAAAAAAUUAAAUCGAAAAACAACGUUAUUUUAUGAAAUAGUUUUUGCGUUCUUUUUUUUUUUGUGUUUCGAAUGUGUGUUGUCGUCAACCAGUUGAGUGAAUGAUCAUCGAUCGCAAUGUGUUGGUCGAUACGUGUUUAUUGGACUGUUUUACAUAAUUUAUUCGUUAGAUUCUUUUCAAAUCUCUGUAGUAGUUGUUCUUAUUCCGAUACUACGCGUAUAUGUUGUUCUUGUUGUUGUCGUGGUUGUUGUAAUUGUUAUAAACAUCAACAAAUGAGAAAUUUAUCAGAUGAUGAUGGUGAAUAUGAUCCGGUGGAGAAUGGUUUAAAUUUGAAUUCAAAUGAACUUCAUCAGCAACAAUCGUCUAGAAUUCAACAUGAUUAUGUCAUAGUGGACGACAUAGAUGCCAAUUAUUUACAAAUUGAAAAGAGAAAAAUUGAAACAGAACCAUUUUAUCGUACCAUUGAUCGAGCCACAGCUGAAGAUAUACUAAUGGGAAGAGAAGAUGGAACCUGUUUAGUACGACCCUACAAAGAAACGGAUAUUUCCAUUAAAUACAUUGUCAGCAUUUAUGCCCAACAGGAGUUCUUUCAUCUAUUCAUAAGACAAAUCAAGGGUCAAGAACUUUUUGCCAUUGGUCAGGAGAAGGCAAAUGAGAAGUACUUCAAUACACCCAAUGAUAUUAUAGAGUUUUACAAACACAACAUUUUACAAUGUACCAAUAAACAAUGUAGUUUAAAUUUAGUUCUAAGACCAAUAAUAGUUUGAGAUGGGCAAUGGAUCCAUACGAAUAAAAGAAA